CUAGAAAAGUAAUUGCGACACUGGUAUCUAUGUGGUUCAAUGAGGCAAACUAAGACUGUUUUUCCAGAUUUCCCCAAGGCAGUGUCCAAACAAAUUAAUAAAGGAAAGAAGGGAGAAAACUACAGAUCGAGAGAGAAACUAACGAGAGAAGGCUCUGCCAUUUUAGCCUAUAAAAGCAUGCUCUGUUUUGCCGGAGAUGCUACCACCAAUCUGAAACACAAAAGAAGCGUUGAGAUCGUCAUUGCUCACAAUGGGUCAUUCCUACAACUGCACCUGCAGCUAAAGCCCUUGUUGCCGCUACUAAUCUUUACAGUAGUCGCCGCCGGGGUGAACCCAACGUAGUAAAAUUACAUAGGACCCAGGUAACCAGAUUGACAAAUAGGGGACAACAAGAAGUUUGAUGACACAGAAACAACAUUAACCCGUGGUCCUCUUUUAAAAUGGCUUCAAAACCAAGGCAAAGCACUACACCAGACGACCGACGGCAACAUCUCUUCUUCUCUUCUUCACCAGAAAAGGAAGAGAAUCUGCAACCGCAAACUCUAACGACGACCCCUGACCCUACUCCCACCAUACCUCAAAUUCACAUCACAGCUACCCGAAAAAAAGCCCACCCAAAAGAGGAAAAGAAAAAGCAGGAAAAGGGAAAGAAAACCAGUCUGAUUGACCAUCUGUCUAAUUGUUUCUUUCCCACCAAAAUCAACCCCUCGCUUUCCCCUGCUUUUCUCUUCCCCUGCUUUUUUUGGGCAAUGGCAGUAGCAUUGGUUCAGAUGCAGCGAAGAAGAAGGAGAAGAUUCAACAAACCUAAGAACCCAAAUUUCCAUCUCCCAUUAUUAUUUUAUUUACUGUUCCCCGAAUUUAGAUAGGAAGCCCCCGAGUCUGUCUUCCCUCCGUUAAUCCCCAAUCUUGGGUCGGGUUCCCCACCCUGCCCCUCGAUUCGGGUUUAAUGGGCUGCGUCAACUCCAAGAGGGCCGUUUCCUCCGCCGCCGGCGGCGAAUCCCCUGUUCUCAAUUACCCUCCCGCCUCCACAAAUGUCCUCCACGACCGCCUCUCCUACAUCGAUCCCAGCUCCCGCGCAUCCUCCAGAAACCCUUCCGGCAUCCUCGUUCCUUCCGUCGUCGAGCAGAAACAGAGGAGCGGGAAGAUCAGGAAUAUCGGCGAUCUUCUUGAGGCAAAAGAGGAGGGGGAGGAUGGGGAAGGGGAAGGGGAGAAAGGGAAGAGGAGGGUUGAUCGGAAGAAGCAGCUGCAGAAAGUUGGGGAGAUUCAGGCUGAGAUCAAUUACCUGAUCGAUACUGCGGUUGAUAAUGUGGAGAAGAAGGCCAAGAGGAAGAAGUUGGAGCGGAGGUCUUCGAUUGGGGAAAUUGGGGAGAUUACCGUUAAACGCGACGUUCUUCAGCCGCAGCCGUCACGACGGCUUGUUGGAGCAGAGCAGAUCGCCGCCGGUUGGCCCUCUUGGCUUAGCUCCGCCGCCGGUGAAGCCAUUAACGGUUGGGUCCCUCUUCAGGCCGAUGCGUUUGAGAAAUUAGAAAAGAUUGGGCAAGGAACGUACAGCAGCGUAUUCAAAGCACGAGAAGUGGAGACGGGAAGAAUGGUGGCCCUGAAGAAGGUCCGAUUCGACAACUACCAACCGGAGAGCAUCAGAUUCAUGGCCCGAGAAAUCCUGAUCCUUCGCCGCCUCGACCACCCAAACAUCAUCAAGCUCGAAGGCAUCAUCACCUCCCGCCUCUCCAGCUCCAUCUACCUCGUCUUCGAGUACAUGGAACACGACCUCGCCGGCCUGUCCUCUUCCCCUGAAAUCAACCUCACCGAGCCCCAAAUCAAGUGCUACAUGAAGCAACUCCUCCGCGCAGUCGAGCACUGCCACCUCCGCGGCGUGAUGCACAGAGACAUCAAGAUGUCCAACAUCCUCGUCAACAACAACGGCAUCCUCAAGCUCGCCGAUUUCGGCCUGGCCAACGUCCUUGCCGCUUCCGGCGGGAAGCAGAGGCUCACCAGCCGCGUUGUUACGCUAUGGUAUCGUCCGCCGGAGCUUUUGUUGGGCUCCACAAGCUACAACGUAUCGGUGGACCUGUGGAGCGUGGGGUGUGUGUUUGCCGAGCUUUUGACUGGCAAGCCAUUGCUAAAGGGGAGGACGGAGGUGGAACAAUUGCAUAAGAUCUUCAAACUUUGUGGGUCGCCUCCGGAUGAGUUCUGGAAGCAGUAUCAUUAUCUACCAAAUGCCACUAUGUUUAGACCGCAACAUCCAUAUGAGAGCUCAUUGAGGGAGAGGUGCAAGGAUUUCCCGCCUGCAGCAGUGGAUUUGUUGGAGUGCUUGAUCUCUAUUGACCCUGAGAAGCGUGGUUCUGCUUCCUCUGCACUUAUGUCUAGGUUCAUUAACUCGGAACCAUAUGCAUGUGAUCCAUCAACCUUGCCAAAAUACCCACCUAACAAGGAAAUGGAUGCCAAGUAUAGGGAGGACAGAAGAAGGAAGAAGAGUAGUUUGAAGCCACGAGAAUCAGUACUAAAGAGGCCAAAAGCAACUCAUCACAGGGGAGGCAGCCUCAGCAAGUUCAUCCUGAAAGAGGAAGUGAAGGAGAACAACAACCAACCAUCCUUUACCAAGGUGAACGCGAAUCAUCCACACGUAGGCCAACGAAGAGGAGGAGGGAUCGGGCUACGUAGAGAGCUGAGCAUGGAGUCAAACACAACCGUGGUACCAACUCGGUUGCAGAAAGGAGAACAACAACAACGACAACAUCAGCAUCAGGCUUACACCGGUCCAGCACCAGCCAUCUCUGCCUCGAGCGGGUUUGCUUGGACGACAAGAAAGCGAAGAGACGACCUCUUGUCAACCUUGUCUUACGACACCAAUGGGAGCCAAGUUAGUGGACUAGAUGCCCCAUUCAAGUUCCCAAACUUGAAUGCAGAACGUAGAGCAAGGGAUGUCGACGGACAAUCACGACAAGAUUGUCACAACAAGAAGCAACACACGAUAUCACAGCAGCAGCAGAACCAAUUUGAUGCACCACCACCAGAUUCGCUCAAAGCGUUUCUGUCAUAUGUGAUUGCAGAAGACAUACCUCUAAGCCACGCCAGAGUACGUUAAGCGAGCUUGAUUCUCUAACACUGAUGUGGAACACAUUAUGGUUAUGUGAUGUUGAAGUUAGAAAUGACUUUGUUAUAUGUUCUUGACUGAUGUAGCAUGAUCCCGUUCAUCAAUCGGACACGGUACAGUUCUCGGGACCAUUGUUGUCUCAAUCAAACAAAGUCGCACAGUCGAACCAGAUUGGGGAGCUGUUACGGAAGAACGAGAAUCAAAUACGCAGAGCAGCUCGAAGGUCAAGGUUGGAUAGAGAAAUGUGAUGCAAAGGAAAGGGACCCAGAUGGAAAUUUCAGAAACUUCAAUGACUUGGGACACCUGGAAGCCAAAAAGAAUGCUCAGCUUUUGCUUGGGGUUGAAGCAAGAGCUUGUUAGUCCCCCAUUUGUAGGAGGAAGCUCCAUUUGUGUAUCUGGGCCUGGUUUGAUUAUCAACUCUGAAAUAUUGGUUUCCCGGGACAAAGGAAAAAAUGAAAUAGUAAAAGAAGGAAAUUUUGUAUAACUAUGAAGAAAAAAUAUGGAGCAUGAGAGGAAGCAUUGCCUUCCUUAUAAUCCUUUUAAGAUAAGGAUUCGUUCCUUAGUCAAACUUACCCAAGUAAUUGAUUUUGCUAUUUUUUUUUUCUUCUUUUUCUGCCACACCAUUUUUCUCCAAUGGGAUGUGAGUAGUAGUGGUACAAGCUAGCAACAAGCUACUACUUCUGUGUAGUAGUAGAAGAGAGUUGAACUUUAGAGUGGGAAAACAAAGUAAGAAAAUAGUCGACUUUAGUUUUUGAAUUAAUAUAUGGUGCCAACUGCCAAUUAUCUAUUUCUAUGAGCUGCAUUGUUUUCUUCUUCUUCCAUUUUCCCCUUCCUUUGGCUUUCAUUUUCCUUUCCUUUUUCUGGGGAACCAUUGCAACCACUUGCUUGGGGGAGGUUAGAGUAGUUUAUCAUAAGAAAAUGAGAUUGAUAUGUGUAUUAAUUCAUGAUUUUGUUCACCUCGUCAUCAUUCACCUAGGCGAAAGCGACGAAGCAAAGUAUCAAAAUGCACAGUUAGUAAUUACGGUUCCUUUUGGUAACCUCAAGUCUAGGGCUCUAUAUUUACAAGGAAUGUGUAUAAGACUUCCUUAAUAAUCUAUAUGGCGACUCAUAUCUCGUAC